CGAUACUCUUGUAUAUCAGAGGAAAAGCCGCCUUCACAGUCCCCAGACUUGUCUCCAGAUCAGAGCCAGCCAUGUCUGGGAGGGGAAAGGGCGGGAAAGGCUUAGGCAAGGGUGGCGCCAAGCGCCACCGCAAAGUCUUGCGAGACAAUAUCCAGGGCAUCACCAAGCCCGCCAUCCGGCGGCUUGCUCGGCGUGGCGGGGUCAAGCGGAUCUCCGGCCUUAUCUACGAGGAGACCCGGGGUGUGCUGAAGGUGUUCCUGGAGAACGUCAUUCGGGACGCCGUCACCUACACUGAGCAUGCCAAGCGCAAGACGGUCACUGCCAUGGACGUGGUGUACGCCCUCAAGCGGCAGGGACGCACCCUGUAUGGCUUCGGAGGCUAAGCUGCCCCUUCUGAGCUACAUGUGACAAUCUCAAAGGCCCUUCUUAGGGCCAACCACACAGUCACCAGAGGAGCUGGACACCUGCUGAAAGUAGAGGUAAAUUUACGUUUGGCAGUUGUCUGGAGUGGGGGUCAGAAGCUUGGGAGGCAGUGAUUCCCCAAACCCCCUGAGAGCCUUGAAGACCCAUGCCAGUUACUAAAAGCUGCCUUUUCACCAGCCUGCCUUCACUGUUACCAACCUGAAAGGCUAUUGUACUCCAGAUUUAAACCACUUUUUGGUUUGCUUUUGAGCGUGCUGUCAUUUGUGGUCCUUGGACCAGGCUGUGGUAGAAGUACUCUGGGCUUCACUUCCCGCGCCUGCAAGGAGGGAGUUAGCUGGGCAGCUUGAUGGCUGAGUUCACAUUGGAUGUUCUGAUGUUAAGAGCCCCACUUGAAAAGGUGCAAGAGCACUAGUGAAACCAAAUCCAGUCACCAACUAUUCAAAACUGAGAUAAAUUAGGUCAGAGGAGAGCUCAUUGAUGCUGAUGUAAAAUAUAUCUGAUGAAUUAUUUGGCCAAUGUAUGAAAAGUACUCUUGGUUCUGUUUUUCAUGCUAAGUUAAAAGGACCUUCACAAUUACCUGCUGAGAGUAUUGUGUGUGUGUAUGUGUGUGUGUGUGUGUACCAGCUUCAAGGGAGAAUUUAGUCAAGGACCUAUGAGACAUGAGAUCCGUCUUUCAGUGACAACAUUGCAAAGAUAACCGAUGCAGAAGAAACAAGUAUGAAAUUUCUAUAAAAGCUGAGCAAACUAGAAUCUUAAUGUCAUGAAAGCAAGCAAGUCUUCAAGAAACAAAGCUCAGGCAUGUCACUGUUCUGUUAGUUCCUGCUGUAAUUAAGAAUAAGAGACUGGCAGAAACAUACCCACCAUCAGUACAGAAAGUACAGUUUAGUUUUUGACAAGGCAAAAGCAAAUC